GACUCCCGCGCCUUCAACUCCGAGGACUACGGUCUGCUCUGUCGUGACGAUAGAGUGGUGUCCAUCUUCUCCUCUGAGGCUGAUGAGUGCUUUUGGGCAGCACGACCCUGGGAUGCUUACGUCACCUCGGUGGAUGCCAGCGACUCCAAGGCCCAGAAGUUGUUCUCAGCACUGACACAGGCAAGGCUCAAGGGCGAGGAGAACCUGAAAGCUCGCAAGUGGUACUCCAGCACACUCGGAAUCAAGCAGAACCUCCAGGACAUCUUCCCCAUCUUGGUGAACGUCACCACUCGGGAAUUCUACGGCAAGACACAGAUGAACAUCGUGGAGGCAGAGGAAAUGUGUCCCGAGAAACCAGUGAGACUAUGCACGAUACAAGCGGACGAGUUGAGCAAAUGCACAGACUUGCAAGCUGUUCUCAAGCUGCGUGGCGUCUCUCCUCCAUUGCAAUGUGUCAUGGGCACCACCCUCAAUGAUUGUCUCAACCUCAUUACUCGCAACAAAGCAGAUAUCAUGACACUCACUGACAAGCAGAGAUUCAACAAGCAGCAAGCAUACAACCUAGUAAGCCUUUUGUCUGAGAACUACGGCCAAGCCAAAGACAGUCUUUACUAUCUGUUGGCAGUUGUUUCAAAGUCAUCAGGAAUCAACUCAACAAGUGAUUUGGCUGGUAAAACGUCAUGUCAGAAAUCAGGAAAUGGCACAAAAGCUGAUGAAAUUGAUGCCGAAUUGAAGGAAUGCCUCAGUGGCUCGAGCAAGUUCUUUGAAAGCUUCAGAGAUGCAUACGUAUGUCUGAGUUUAGGACACAAGGACGUGGCCUUCGUCAAAUACCCUGCAACUGAACCUACAGACACAGACCAACUUGAUAUCUUCAACAGCGAUGACUAUCAGCUACUGUGUCCUAAUGGCGUUGCUCCUGUCCAUGAAGAUCACCUUAAGGAGUGUAAUCUUGGACGGAUUCACUGCUAA